GGGUCUGUGGGGCGGUGCGCGCGGUGGUGGCGGCGGUGGGGCGCAGCGCGGUUUUGUCUGGUCCUACGGUGCGGAGCGGCUCGCGCGGUGGCCCGGGGAGGCCCCCUUCGGCUUCCCGCAGGACGCCCGGCCAACGGCGGGCGUCUGCGGCGGCUCGGCCGGUCUGUGGCCCUGAAGGGAAGGGCAAGGGACACGGCGACGUGGAGGGAGAGCAGUUUGUUUUUAUGGUGGAUUACAUUGAGGAAUUUUCUUAUAUUGAACCAUCCCUGCAUCUCUGGGAGGAAUCCUACUUAAUCAUGUUCCAGAGAACUGCUGGUUUAGAUUUUAGCUCUUGACGAGUUGGGAAAGCAGUGAAGGAUGCUUAGACUACUUAACGUUCAAAUUACCCUCCGGUUUAUCAUCUUUAGAAGACUAGACUUCUGGAUGUCUAAUCUACUGCGUCUCUAUUGAAUUAAACCAUGAAAAUGAAACCUAUAGCCCUGGCCAUCAUCUAUGAACUCUAAUUACAUUGAUUCGUACCAUUUGAAACUUCCUCAGGGAAUAAAAAAUGACAUCGGCAGUGGUUGACAGUGGAGGUUCUGUUCUGGAGCUUCCCAGCAAUGGAGUAGAAAAUCAAGAGGGAGGUGACAAGGUCCCUGAAUUUCCAGCAGUGAUUGUGGAGCCAGUGCCCAGUGCAAGAUUAGAGCAGGGCUACGCUGCCCAGGUUCUGGUGUAUGACGAUGAGACUUACAUGAUGCAGGAUGUGGCGGAAGAACAAGAAGUUGAGACUGAGAAUUCGGAAACAGUGGAAGCAUCAGUCCAUAGCAGUAAUGCGCACUGUACAGAUAAGACAAUUGAAGCUGCUGAAGCCUUGCUUCAUAUGGAAUCUCCUACCUGCUUGAGGGAUUCGAGAAGUCCUGUGGAAGUGUUUGUCCCUCCUUGUAUAUCAACUCCAGAGUUCAUCCAUGCUGCAAUGAGGCCGGAUGUCAUUACAGAGACUGUAGUGGAGGUGUCGACGGAAGAGUCUGAACCAAUGGAUGCCUCACCUAUUCCCACUUCACCAGAUAGCCACGAACCAAUGAAAAAGAAAAAAGUUGGCCGUAAACCAAAGACCCAGCAGUCACCAGUUUCCAAUGGGUCUCCUGAGUUAGGAAUCAAGAAGAAAGCCAGAGAAGGAAAAGGAAACACAACCUAUCUGUGGGAGUUUCUUUUAGAUCUACUUCAAGAUAAAAAUACUUGUCCCAGGUAUAUUAAGUGGACUCAGAGAGAAAAGGGCAUAUUCAAACUUGUGGACUCGAAGGCGGUCUCGAAGCUUUGGGGAAAGCACAAGAACAAGCCAGAUAUGAACUAUGAAACUAUGGGGCGAGCUUUGAGAUACUACUACCAAAGGGGGAUUCUCGCAAAGGUUGAAGGACAGAGGCUUGUGUAUCAGUUCAAGGACAUGCCCAAAAACAUAGUGGUCAUUGAUGACGACAAGAGUGAAGCCUGCAGUGAAGACCUGGCAGCAGCCGCUGACGAGAAGUCCCUAGAGCGAGUGUCACUGUCUGCAGAAAGUCUCCUGAAAGCAGCGACUUCUGUUCGCAGCGGGAAAAACUCAUCCAUAAACUGCUCCAGAGCAGAGAAGGGUGUGGGUAGAGUUGUGAAUCUCACUUCCCCUGCUCAGGACACUUCGUCCAGGUCUCCUACCACCACAGCAUCUGUGACAGCGGCAGCAGCUCCAAGGACAGUUCGUGUGGCAAUGCAAGUUCCUGUGGUUAUGACAUCACUGGGUCAAAAGAUUUCAACUGUGGCAGUUCAGUCAGUCAAUGCAGGCGCACCAUUAAUAACCAGCACCAGUCCGACCACAGCCGCCUCUCCAAAAGUAGUCAUUCAGACAAUCCCGACUGUGAUGCCAGCCUCUACUGAAAAUGGAGACAAAAUCACCAUGCAGCCUGCCAAAAUUAUCACCAUCCCUGCUACACAGCUUGCACAGUGUCAACUGCAGACAAAGUCAAAUCUGACUGGAUCAGGAAGCAUCAACAUUGUGGGAACCCCCUUGGCCGUGAGAGCACUUACCCCUGUCUCACUAGCCCACGGUACUCCUGUAAUGAGACUAUCUGUGCCUGCGCAGCAGGCUUCUGGACAGACUCCUCCUCGAGUUAUCAGUGCGGUCAUAAAAGGGCCAGAGGUUAAAUCAGAAACAGUGACAAAAAAGCAGGAACAUGAUGUGAAAACUUUGCAGCUGGUAGAAGAAAAGGGAGCAGAUGGGAAUAAGACAGUAACCCAUGUAGUGGUUGUCAGUGCGCCCUCUGCUAUUGCCCUUCCUGUGACUAUGAAAACCGAAGGACUAGUGACGUGUGAGAAAUAAGCGAGCUCUGCCGUGGCCUGCAGACUGUUCGUGUUGUACUGACAAACAUUGGCAAGGGAAGACAUCAAGAAAAGCCAGAGGAGGACUUCAGACAAUUGUGCAUAGAAGAAAGCAAUCAGACUUACUGGAAUAGUUACCUAUCCCAUGUUUCAGUGGGAAGUGAACUACACAUUGAGAUGCUGACAGAAAACUGCCUCUUAAAGUAGGAACAGCUGAACCCUCGAUAAGCAAACAGACUGAAAGGGACCAAGCAGCCCACUACAAUAGCAAGUUACACUAAGAGUUGGAACACUAACACCUGUAAGAGGUUACAUAGUUUUCAGUGGGGCGGGUUGGGAUGGGUGAUCUCAUUGUUACAUAUAGCAAUUUUUGAUGCAUUUUUAUAUGCAUACCAGCAAUUAUUACUGUGUUUGCACAGUACUCACUUAACUGGUGCUAUGUGAAGACUGCUAAUAGAGGUAUUCUAGAAUGUGAACUGAGUGGAUCCAAAAGCUCCAGAAGAGGGUAACAAAAAGAUGUAGUGCGUUUCUUGUUUUAUUUUUUGUUUUUGAAUAUAUAUAUCAUAUAGCUUAAGCUGUUUUAAAACAAAGGCCUUAGACUAAUUUUUGGUUUUCUUCCUUGAAAUAAGCUAAUGGCUUGUUUGUGUAAAGCUUUUUUAUUAAAGGAAAAAAUUUUAAAAAUCUUGUACCUAGCACAGUAUUGUUAUAGAAUUUACAUGUAACAUUUUAUAUGGUAGUUUAAGUCUGUUGGUUUCUUAAUUGUGAAGAAAUUUACUGUAACAUACCUGCGUCACUCAAGUCGGCCCUGGCAUCUCGCAGACACAUCAGCAUCAGUUCUCAUGUGGUUUGGAAAUUCAGGCUCAGCAUGAACUCGUCAGGUAGCUCUAAUACCUGCUGUUUGUUUUCUUUCUCAUUCUUGUUCCUUCUUUCCUCCUUUUUUUCCUCCUUUUUUCUUUUUUAGUUGAUGUUUAAGAGGGAAAGUACCAGUGUUCAGAUUUGAACUAUAAUAGUUUGUAUAUUCAACAUUUGAAGUAUAUUCUAUUUUGUUGUACUCUUGUUUCAAAGUGUAUUCAAGUAGGUUUUCUGAAAUAUAGAAGUGAAAUUUAUCUUGUGGUUUUGGUCUCUGGUGGUAUUUUUCACAGUACUGUAAAGCCAGUAUAGGGUGUCGUUUUGGUUAAGCAAUAGAAGUCUCGUGUUUUCUUAAUUACCUCAUGAAGAAAUGCUACUCUGGUGCUGUCCCAUUAUACGACUGUUUGGCAACUACUCACACAUUUCCAUGUCCUUUAUAACUAAAAUCGCCUACUUAACAAAUGUAGGGUUUUAGUUGGCCACACUUAACGGAUUUAUAUACGUGAAGCACUUUGAGCUAGUGGUAGGCUGCUUGCCUGGCAUGUGCAGGCCCCUGGAUUUGUCCUGGCACCUUCCUUGCACACCAAGUCACCUUCAGUUAUACCAUGUUUCCACCAGUCCUCCUUAUGGGUAGAAAGUAUGGUCCAGCCUUUGCAUGAAGGCUGAAGCCCAGAAAUCACACAAAUUACUUAAUGUAACACUUAAUUAGGUCCUUCUCUACAUAUUAGUUGUCUUUUUAGAAAUUUAGAUGAACUGUUAACUGUUUCAAUAUUUUUUGGCCUUUGUAUAUUUAACACGAUGCUACUUAUAUCAGCAAAGAUUUUUUAUAAAAGUUCCCUUUCUAGCUUUUUUUUUUUU